GACACUGAUCAGGUCAUGCUGAAAACAUUCCAGGCCUAUGAAGCAAGUCUGUUUGUAUUUUAAGUUUGCCAGGACUAAUGAAUUAAAAAGCUUGGACUCUCGACAGUUAGCUGGUUUAAUAAUGCCUCUGAUGGAAGGAUUUUUUGCUCCACAAAGCAUGACUACACUGUAAUUCCUCACUGUUGGAAAAGAAAGGAAGGGAGAGUGGAAUUGUGAAGGAAAAUGGAAAAGGGUGGUCCGGAGGGACUGAAAAGCCUAUGGGAAGUGCAGGUAGCAGCAUGUUGCUCUGACAGCUGUUUCAACUUUUCAGACCUUGUCAGUUUGCUGCUAUGUAGCAGGUGCAGUCUUUUCUUUUAUUGAAUCUUUGCUCCAUAAAGGCAACGGCAAGCCAAGGCAGUGACUGGCCCUGGAUUAUACAAGUGUAGACACUACUAAGUGAGCUGGAACAUAUAAGUAAACGCAUAGGCUCAAGUGCCCACAUGAUCACCACAGCAAGGGUACCUGCUGAUAAACCAAUACGAAUUGCCUUCAGUCUAGAUGACUCCCCAGAUGAUACCCCACCUGAGAACCCCUUUCCUUUGGCUUUUCCAGAUCUAGAACAGCAGCUCCAGCCCCUGCCUCCAUGUCAUGACUCAAAGGAAUCUAUGCAGGUGUUCAAACAGCACUGCCAAAUAGCAGAAGAAUACUAUGAAGUCAAAAAGGAAAUUGCUCUUCUUGAAGAAAGAAAAAGGGAACUGAUUGCUAGGCUGGAUCAAGCUGAGGAAGAGAGCACAGAUGCUGCUCAGCUAGCAAAGGAGUAUUCAGACCUUACAGAAGAGAACCGGACACUGAAGUUGGCCCAGAAACAAUGUGUCGAACAGCUGGAAAAGCUUAGAAUACAAUAUCAAAAGAGACAGGGAUCUUCAUAAUUUUGAAUGGUUGUCAGAAGCAAUACAAAGCCUUGGGUUUCUUCAGAGUUGGGCAAGCGAUUUGUCUUCCCCCUCAAAGGUUCCUACAGUGCACAGGAACACUUCACUUGCAGAAUAUGCAAAUAUCUGAAUUUGAUGUAAUGCCUGCCAACCACUAGCAUAAUAAAAUAGAUAUUUUAUUCAAGCGAAA